GCUGAGAGGGUCCCUCCCGGCACCUGGAGGCAGAAGUGCGCGGCCUAUGUGCUGGCGCUCAGGCCGUGGAGCUUCAGUGCCUCCCUCACCCCCGUGGCCCUCGGCAGCGCUCUGGCGUACCGGGCCGAGGGAACGCUAGACCCGGGGCUGCUGCUGGGGAGCGCCGUGACCGUCCUGGCUGUGCACGGAGCCGGCAACUUGGUGAACACCUACUACGACUUCUCCAAAGGCAUCGAUCACAAGAAGAGCGAUGACAGGACUUUGGUGGACCAGAUUCUGGAGCCUCAGGACGUGGUCCGGUUCGGAGUCUUCCUUUAUACCGUGGGCUGUAUCUGUGCUGCUGGGCUCUACGCUGUCUCAACGCUCAAGCUGGAGCACCUGGCCCUGAUUUACUUUGGAGGACUUUCCAGCUCCUUCCUUUACACCGGAGGAAUUGGAUUUAAAUAUGUUGCGCUUGGAGACGUGGUGAUCCUGAUCACCUUUGGGCCCCUGGCUGUCAUGUUUGCCCAUGCUGUGCAGGUUGGUUAUCUGUCCAUCUCGCCACUGCUCUACGCUGUCCCACUGGCUCUCAGUACCGAGGCCAUCCUGCACAGCAACAACACCCGAGACAUGGAGUCUGACCGGCAGGCGGGUAUUGUCACCUUGGCUAUCCUCAUCGGCCCUGCCUUCUCCUAUGUUCUCUACACCGUGCUGCUCUUCUUGCCCUACCUGAUCUUCUGUGUGCUGGCCACACGCUACACCAUCAGCAUGGCAUUGCCGCUACUCACCAUCCCGAUGGCGUUUUCUCUGGAGAGGCAGUUUCGGAGUCAGAGCUUCAACAAAAUUCCGCAGCGGACAGCCAAACUCAAUCUCCUCUUGGGGCUUUUCUAUGUUUUUGGUAUUACGCUAGCACCAGCUGGUGCUCUGCCCAAGCUGUAGCAAGAGCUGUAGGUCCAGGCCUCGUGAUUCAGUAUUAAUGCUGGUGAACAGUGGACAAUGUGGGUAGAUGACCCGUUAUGGACAGCAGGAAGAAUGGAGAGGCUGUCUUGAGCUGUUGGUUGU